AUGCAGUUGUUUACCUUUGCACUCAUCGCUGCGAGUGCAGUUGUUUUUGCAGAUACCGAUAAUCAUGGUCAUCCCGGAUGGGGAUCGCAUUUCGUCCCGACUUUUGACAAUUUGGUAACAUUCGGGGACAGCUAUACAGACGAAAGUCGAUUGGGGUACUUCAUCAAUCACAAUGGAUCAGCGCCUCCCCCAGGAUUGUUACUCCCAGGGAGCACAUCAACAGCAGGCGGGGGAGUCACGUGGGAUCGAUGGGUAUCAAACUAUCCUAUUAGGGGCCUCAGGCCCCUAAUUUCAACAAACUACACCAGCGCAAAGCUCUACAACUACGCUGUUUCCGGAGCAGUUUGUGACAACAACCAGAUCUACCGUUAUCUUGGGGCCAUCAACGGGCCAUUCCCAGACGUCGUGUACGAAGUCAAUGCUUUCAUCGCAGACAGCAGGUUCGUCAAUGCUACCACGAACACGAACACGCUUUACACGAACCGGAAGAGCGAUAACACGGUGUAUUCCAUGUGGAUUGGCACCAACGAUCUUGGAAGCUAUGCCUUCUUGACGGAUAGCAGCCUCAACCAGACGACGAUCCCGGAUUACGUGGAUUGUAUCUAUAGUCGCUUUGAUCAGAUCUAUACCAAUGGGGGGAGGUAUUUCGUGCUGAUAAACACUGCGCCAUUGGAGUUGUCGCCUUUGUAUGGCACCCCUGGCCAAGGAGGACUCGCUGCAAGUCACUACUGGCCAGACAAGCCCGCAAACAUCACCGAAGUCAGCUACAAGAUGAAAGAAUACACCACGCUCGUGAACUCCCUCUUCACCUACCGCACUCCCUACGAAGCGGUGGUCGCAAAACGGUACCCAGGGGCCUCAUUCGCUGUCUUCGAUGUCCACAGUUUAAUGACUGACAUCUACAACCAUCCGAGCCAGUAUCUGUCCACGCCAGCCAAUGUAACGGGAACGUACUAUUUUUGUUCCCCGUCGAAUACGAAUUGUACGACGAGUCGUCUGGGACUGGAUCACUUUAUGUGGUAUGACGAGUUGCAUCCGAGUGAGGCGACAGACAAGGUGAUUGCGAGGGAGUUUGUGAAUGUCGUGAAGGGGGCGAGUAAGUAUGCUGCGUAUUGGAAGUGAGGGGAACUUAACGAUGAACACGAAUUAAUGAAAUGGUUGGACGAGAAAACAGUUCUGCCGAGUGAGGUGUCACUGCAUAUGCCAAGAGGAUGUCGUUCGAUUCACACGGCUGGAGCCUGGAUUAUGCUUGGACAGUGAAGCCUCGCCGAAGAAGCAAUUCCGACUCGGUAUCUUCGUCCCGCAUCCGAGCAGCAUACACACCUCAGUCACGGGCCGUCCCUUUCGGAGGGUUCUGGCAUUUCCCAUCACACGGCUGGGGUUUCUAUAUCAAGAUCAGCACCACGUCGUCUCCCGCUUGGACCCCCCUUUUCUUCUUCUACAACAGGACUUAAUAUCCAGCAUCCACGAACUAUAGUUCACAGACAUCACUCUAGGUUGGUAUUCUGUGAAAAAGGGAUCCCGCUUCAGUUAUCCACUCCUUCUCAAGUCUACGGUAUCACCUGAUUGACCCCCAUUUUAUCCAUGUCCUCAGUUCCCACCCAUCCC